AUGUUUCGCCUACCACCCGAUUUCCGCCUCAAUAACCUGCGCGAGCUCCUGCGCAACCAGGAAGAGUCCAGUAACGGCGGUGCUGCUGCUCGAGCAGCGCGUCCUCCGCCGAAGAAACGGUACUUUCCAGAACUAGCCAUUGAGCCAGAAGAGGCCGGCGUGCAGCUCCUCAAUAGUGGCGAAUUUGGGUGUCCCUCACCACCGCAUACGCUCACCUCAUCACGCCGCUACCCGACCUCUGUCCGUACAAAACUCAUGGCGCGCGAGAUCGGUGCUGUCAAAAGACCACGGUAUGAUCUAGGUCGUCACGUUUUGCCGAACUGUCAUGGACGACCUGCAGUGCGCCUUGCAAGCCGUGCGUAUUGUGGUCAAUUCAGCGAAGAUGGCAGUUUCUUCUAUACUUGCUCGCAAGACUUUCAGGUACGCUUAUUUGAUACAACUGAUCCAACCAGCUGGCAGCACUACAAGACUAUUCAUGGAUCGUCUGGCCGGUGGACGAUUACCGAUGCGACUUUAUCCCCUGAUAACAGCAAAAUUGCGUAUUCCAGCAUCACAUCCACCGUACACCUAGCGUCGACGACACCAGACGAUGCAGGAACACAUGAUGCGCUUGACUUUGGGUCACGCAUGAGUGGGUAUGGUGGAUUUGGGAUCUGGUCACUACGGUUCUCUGGUGAUGGUCAUGAGAUUUGCGCCGGUGCAACAGGUGGCGCUAUCUAUGUCUAUGAUAUUGAAGCUCGCAAGACUGUUCUUGGGGUAACAGGCCAUCGCGACGAUGUGAAUGCUGUGUGUUGGGCAGAUGAAUCGACGAAUGUCUUGUUUAGUGGCAGCGACGACAGUGUCAUUCGUGUUUGGGAUCGACGGAGUAUGGUGGAUGGUCGUGCAAGUGGUGUCCUUGCAGGACAUCUCGAAGGCAUCACCUUCAUCUCACCCAAGAAGGACGGUCGGUAUGUCUUAUCGAAUGGCAAGGACCAAACAACCAAGCUCUGGGAUAUUCGCAAGUUGAUUAGCGAGGAGCAAUGGGAUCACACAGCCAGAGUCGACUAUACAGAUGCGCAGUACGAUUACCGCGAAGCAUACUACCGUGGUUCGCUGUAUGAGAAGCAUCCGAACGACGUUAGUGUCAUGAGCUAUGCGGGACACGCCAUUGUCUCGACCCUGAUUCGUUGUGGCUUUUCAGCACCGGCAACAACAGGCCAGCAGUACGUGUAUUCUGGUUCCCACUGUGGUCGUUUGUUCAUCUGGAACCUAGAUGGAACGCUGGCCAAGACAUUGAACUUGGAUAAAGCACAAGGUCGUCGUCCCAACGUCCGAAAGAUCGAUACAGAUGAGGUGUCACGCACAGGGAGGUAUCGAGGCCGCGAGAAUGAUGAUGGGAGUUGUAUUCGUGAUGCUGCGUGGCAUCCAUCGUUGCCAGUCAUUGCAACGACGAGCUGGCAUUCAACGGGCGGAGCUAUCUAUGUGCAUGAAUUCAUGGAAGAUCACUCGGCACUGGCCUCGCAACCACCUGUUGUCAAGAGUUUCCUCAGAGAGAGGCGUCGAUGA